UGAAGAGAGAGAGAGAGGAGAGAGAAGAGGGCUGUGUUUGGGAGACGGGAAGAGAGAGCUUGGCUAUGGCUGAAUCAAUCGACGCCGUCUCCCUUGAUAUGGAGAAGAUCUAUCUGGGUGGAAAGUGAGGUGUGUUUUGAGACUGAGUUCCCUGAAAAAGGUGUUAGUGCACAUGGGAAGCUCUUUGGGGAAUAAAGUUAUCUGGAAAAGCUGGAUUCCUGGAUUUCCUUCUCUUACUUGGACAAUAUAGAUGAGACAGGCCAGAUAUCUCCCAAGUAAUAAAGGCUAUAUGGAACAUUUUAUUCGAACUGGCUGUGGUUCUGUGUCUGUUAUAGUUUAUGGAGACCAAGAUAAGCCGGCACUUAUCACGUAUCCUGAUUUAGCUCUAAAUCAUAUGUCUUGUUUCCAAGGGUUAUUCUUUUGUCCUGAAGCAGCUUCUUUGCUGCUCCACAACUUCUGCAUAUACCAUAUUAGUCCUCCUGGUCAUGAGUUAGGAGCUGCUUCGAUUAGUCUUGAUGAUCCUGUGCCUUCUGCUGAUGACUUGGCAGAUCAGAUCCUUGAGGUUCUAAACUUUUUCGGGCUUGGUGCAGUUAUGUGCAUGGGAGUGACGGCGGGUGCUUAUAUCCUUUCCCUAUUUGCUAUGAAAUAUAGGGAACGCGUUCUUGGUUUGAUACUUGUAUCCCCAUUAUGCAGAGCACCAUCUUGGACUGAAUGGUUUUAUAAUAAGGUGAUAUCAAACAUGCUAUAUUUCUAUGGCAUGUGUGGUUUGUUAAAGGAGUGUUUACUUCAGCGUUACUUCAGUAAGGAGGUUCGUGGUAGUGCUGAAGUUCCAGAGUCGGAUAUAGUUCAAGCAUGCAGAAAAUUAUUGGAAGAGAGGCAGAGUUCAAAUGUUUGGAGAUUUCUUCAAGCAAUUAAUAGGAGACCUGACAUAACUGAAGGAUUGAAGUCACUAAGGUGUCGCACUCUCAUUUUUGUUGGGGAUAGCUCUCCUUUCCACUCUGAGGCUCUCCACAUGACCUCAAAGUUGGAUAGAAGAUAUAGUGCCUUAGUAGAGGUCCAGGCUUGUGGAUCGAUGGUGACAGAGGAGCAGCCACAUGCAAUGUUGAUACCCAUGGAGUACUUCUUCAUGGGGUAUGGUUUGUACAGACCGUGUCAUUUCAGCGAGAGCCCAAGGAGCCCACUCAGCCCAUCUUGCAUCUCCCCUGAGCUUCUCUCCCCGGAAAGCAUGGGUCUGAAGCUAAAACCAAUCAAGACCCGUGUUUCGCUCGGAUUAUAACAUGGUAGAAGGAAAGAAUUCAAAUGGAAAUAACGCAAGGUGAUCGAUCCAGCUGUGAAUGUGAUUCAGAAGUUGCUUCAUUUUUUAGUUCUUUGUUCAAAUUUUUUAUUAUUUAAGAAGAGGGUAGAAGCUCGCAUGCGGCUGGAGGGAGGAGCGGUUGUAGAUACAGAAAGGGGAGGAAUAUAUCGUAUCAUAUCAUAUAUUAUAUAGGAAGGGGAGGAGACUUCCUUCAUUCUUUUGUAGUCACUCAUAAUGGAAAAUCAUUCCUUUGAGCUGUCUCUGUCUGUCUGUAUAUUCUAUGAACACUUUGGAGGAUUGAAUUUUAUUUAUGAUGACGAGAAAUCAAUAAUAAAGGGGGAAACCUUCCCAUUCAUUCA